AUGGAACAGCAGCCGAAGCGUCGUCGCAGACCGGCCCUGUCAUGCAUUCAGUGCCGGCGCCGCAAGAUCAAAUGUGAUAGAACUGACCCCUGCAAGCACUGUGUCACUGCCCAGCACCAUUGUACGUAUGAUGCCUAUGGCGUUCGGCCGCUCCCUGCGCAGCAGCAGCGUCGCGGGCGUCAAAGUCUCCAGGCUCUAGCAGCAACCGCAUCACAGUCCGAUUCACCUGAUCCUCUAUUCCCAAAUCUCCAGUCUGCAGUUCCAGCUUCUGCCGAGGCUGGGGAUGGUGUAUCGGUCGCGCAGGUUGGCACCGAAAAUGGCAAUGUCGUGGACGUUGCUAGGACCGAUGACACUCGGCCGUUGCGUUCAAGCCGCGGGGACGACCCCUAUCUCCGAGAUCUCAUUGAGCGAGUUGAGAGUUUGGAAAAAGCCUCAUAUCAGUUUUCUGGUCAAGUCGAUCCUGGAUCGGCGAAUCAUGUACUGGAUUCGGGACUGCAGCGGUCCCAUAUCGUUCUCAACAAGACCAGGAUCCUCAGCUCAAGUCACUGGAAGACUACCACGAGAGAGCUUCAACCCGUACUCGAGUGUUAUCGUCAAGCCGUCGACCCAGAGAGCAGAGCCUUGAUAGAAAAUACCGAAGUCCGAGGACUGGUGACCGAGAUGGCCGACCUACUUCAUGCCGGGAAGAACAUUGCCAAGCGCAUCAAAUUGACGAGACCGAGUGGCAGCCUUGCCAACCCAGACUUUGGCCUAGUGAACCCGACUCGCGAGGUGGCAGACCAAAUGACUGCCCUCUACUUUUCUUCAUUCGAAUCAUCUCACAGGAUACUACACGUGCCUAGCUUUUGGGCCGAGUACAACCGGUACUGGAGCAUGCCCGAGAGUGUAUCAACCCCAGUGCGAUUAAAAGUUCUUCUUGUCGUUGCAAUCGGAUCGAGCCUCCACGCAGACAGGAACCCAGACGCAGAGCUUCGUAUCUUGGUACACCAGUGGAUUCAUGCGGCCCAGACUUGGCUCUCGGGGCCUCUGAAAAAGGAUCGACUUGAUCUUCACGGGCUUCAGAUCUAUUGCCUCACAAUACUGGCCCGGCAGAUAUUCUCAAUCGGUGGGGACCUUGUAUGGAUGUCAAUCGGCUCCCUCGUCCACAGAGCGAUGCAAAUUGGUUUGCACCGCGACCCGAAAUACUUGCCGCCCAUGUCCGUGUUGCAAGCCGAGUUGCGCAGGAGACUCUGGGCCACUAUACUCGAAAUGGGCGCCCAGGCUUCUUUAGAUGCCGCCAUGCCUCCUAGGAUCUCUACCGAUGAGUUCGAUACCGAGCCCCCCUCCAAUGUCAAUGACGACGAACUGGGUGAGACCACAAAGCCACCGCGAUCUCGCCCUCGCAGUAUUUAUACCAGUACUUCCAUGCAACUACAGCUGCUCGACACUUUUCCAACGAGACUCAAAAUCCUCAAACUUUUAUAUGGUCUACAUUCGGAAAUAUCCUAUCUUGAGGUUCUCAAGAUGACUUUGGAUAUUCUCGACGCCUGUCGUACCUCUGACAAGUUCCUCCGAGACAACCAGGAACACGGCGUAACGAUGUUUCACCGGAAUCUAAUGGACUUUCUUGUACGCCGCUUCCUUUUGGUCCUCCACUGCCAUUUUGCCGUCCGCGGCCGUACCAACCCCUUGUUCCACUACUCGAUCAAGGUGAGCAUCGAUGCCGCCAUGGCGGUGGUUUAUCCGGCCCCCGACGAAAAGUUUUCCCGUCUCUUUACUCUGGGCGGUGGCAUGUUUCGAGAAGGCUUUCGCUGUGCUGGCAGUAUUCUCAGCUACGAACUCUUGGCUCAGACCGAGGUCGCCUGCCGUGAUGGGCCGCUACAUCGUAAUUUGCAUAAUACGGAGUUUCUUAGGAAGGCUUUGGAAUAUAUGAUGGAAUUCUCGUCUGAGAAAAUACGUGAGGGGGAAACCAACAUUAAGAGUCCAAGUAAGUAG